AUGGAGAGCAAAGAGUACGGUGCGGUCCCCGGCCUGCCCGCGGGCUUGGACUAUUUCAUGAUGCCGCGAGUGAGCCAACCGGCACCACAGUUCGACUUCAGAAAAUUAGGAGCCAGUUUCAGCGGGCGCGAUGAAGAGCGCGACGAGCCCCGAUCUCCCGAAUAUCCGCCGGAGCGUCGUGAACCGCCGCACGCACCCUGGCCUCUCGGCCUCGGUGUGCAGUUUGUCAACCCUGCUACGGGAAAGAAGAGAGUGCAGUGUAAUGUCUGUUUAAAAACUUUUUGCGAUAAAGGAGCGUUGAAAAUUCAUUUUUCGGCAGUGCAUUUACGUGAAAUGCAUAAAUGUACGGUGGAGGGGUGCACAAUGAUGUUUAGUUCGCGUCGUUCGAGGAAUAGGCAUAGCGCUAAUCCCAACCCUAAGCUACAUUCGCCGCACGUAAGACGUAAGAUAUCAGCGCACGAUGGUCGGUCGGCACAACCGUUCCCGCUGCUACCGGCGCUAGCAAGACUACCGUUGCCGCCACCUGCACUUUUGCCGCCCGACUUGGCCGCCAGAUUGCCUCCACCCCUUGCACCACCAGGACCUACACCUUUACCUCCGCGAGUGCCCCUUGACGAUCUUCGUAACUUCAGUGAAAUUGAAAAAAUGUACAGAAAAAUACCAUCCCCUGAAGAGCCUUCUCGUCUUAUGUUCGAUGUACUGAAGUCUCCGUCAUCACAUGUGGACGAUUGUAAUAAACAUGGUGAAAAUACUGAAGGUGAUUCAGAUCAAAAACAAGAAGAAGAGCAAAAGAAAACUGAGUCUUCCCUAACCGAAAGGUUAAACUACACCGAUGAACCUGAAGACUUGAGUGUAAAUAAAAAGCGUGAUGAUAUUGAAAUUCCGCCUACAUUAUCUGAGACUACUACGCGCACUGAACCCACUGUCAUAGACGAUAAAUCAUCCUUUGUUCCUAAUAAACGAAAAAGGAAAAGUGGAAAUCCCACCCGGUGUUCUCAAAACAACGAAUAUAGCGUUUCCGACGAGGAAUAUAAUAGUGAGUUGUUUAGAAACAUUUCAACACCUGGUUCAAGUCGCGCGGAAGAGGAGCCUUUGUCACUUAAGAAACAAAAACCAGAAAAAUGGGAGCCAUUUCAGAACGGCGAGGAAACUCCUGUGGAUUCGGAAACAGUGACACAGGUUAAAGCUGAAAGUGAAUCAGAUGAUGAGUCGAGUGCACCAAGCGUGGUUCGGGAAGGUCUGAGACUACGUUCCGAUUUGUAUACACCGAGCGACAGCGGGAGCGAUCUGCAUGCGAUGGAAGAACGUCUUGCUCGAGCUCGUUCACCGUCAGCAAGCAGCGAUCAUACAGACGAUCGUACAGACAUUAAUGAUCUCGACAUACCCAUAGACGAUGAAAAUCCAGACCGAUGCACAGCUUGUGGAAAAAUAUUUCAGAACCACUUCACCUUGCGAAUGCACUACAGGAAUGAUCAUUUAAAAUUACAUCACCCUUGUGACGUCAACGGUUGUGAUGCCGCAUUCCCUUCGCGCAGAAGUAGAGAUAGACACAGCUCGAACGUUGACCUACAUCGACGAUUACUCUCUACUGGCUCACCGGAUUCACGGGAGCAAAGACCCGCAUUUGAAGUCAACGCAGAACUGCUAAAUAAAUUAUACGCGGAUAUAAAAGGUCUCGCAUCUACAUUGGAAAGUCUGCGAUACGGCGGCGAUGAGACCUCACAGCUGCCGAGCUAUGUCACUGAAACAAUGAAAUUCUACAAUCGAAACUUGAGCGCGUUACAAGCGGGGUUGUUUCCGCAGUUAGGUGAGCGGGGAUUUUUUCCGGUCCCAUUUCUGAUGGGCAACGGAGCACCCCAAGCGGGAGGGCUCUAUGGUGCGCCAGCCGGAGCUCAGUCGGCAAGAGAGUCGCUGUCUCCCCUAUCAGCGUCAUCACCUCCAGUAAUUUCGCCUGGAAGGCUUGACGCGGCCCACGCACGGCCCCGUGACGACGGUAAGCUGCUUUUUCGAGAGACCUCAGAGUCAUUCAAGAAGAUGACCUCCCUAUGUGAACGCCAAGAGCAACUCUAUCAGCACCACGUUCCCGUGUCAUGA